AUGGAUGACCAGCAAAACACGCAGAUAUGUGGCAUAGCUGAAGAGGAUUCCGAAUGUUUUGGAAAGGGCGUUUCUCAGAAAAGCGGGUUCCACGGUGUUGGAAUCGACCAGACUCUUGAGAUAGACAAACAGAUAGUCCUUGACGGUGAUCUUGUCGGAAUCGGUCAUAAAUGGGAGCCUGGCAUCCAGAACCUGGAAAACGAAAAACUUGACGUUCGGAGAAAGCUGGGCGUUCGGAGUGAGCAGAUUCAAACACUGCUGCCAGCCGUCUGGAGAAUCCUUGAUCUGGGAAAUGAAGUCAAGCGCCUGCUGCUUGAGCUGGGCGUCUGCCGAGGCGCUCGACGCGAUGUCCACAGCCUGCAAAAUCUGUUGGUCCAUUCCCGCGAAGAAAGACUUGCUGGCCUGGGAAUUCUCACCAAGUUUCCACCAAAACUCAUACCGUACAUGGAGCUCAUGAGAAUCGAGAAGCCAAUCGGAACAAAACUGCUGCUGAGUCCCUGCAUGUGGGCCAUAACGAUGGCCGCUUACAUGACAUCGGCGCCAUUGGCAUCAACAGCGUAUAUGAUGUCAGUGUUUGCCGUUGGAGCGUUCGUCAUGAGAGGAGCCGGAUGCACCAUCAAUGAUCUUCUGGACAGAGAUCUCGACAACAAGGUCGCUCGCACGAUGGAAAGACCGAUCACGUCCGGUCGGGUGAGCACAAAACAGGCGAUCGUGUUUCUCGGGGGCCAAUUGGCGGUGGGAUUAGCCGUGUUACUGCAGCUUCCAGCGGAUUGUUUCCUAUUGGGGGCCUCGUCAUUGGCGAUUGUGGGCACGUACCCUCUGUUCAAACGGUUUACGUACUACCCGCAGGUUGCAUUGAGUCUUUGCUUCAACUGGGGAGCGUUGUUAGGGUUCCCAGCAAUGGGCGUCUGGAACUGGCCAGUCAUGAUCCCGCUCUACCUGAGUGGAUUUUUCUGGUGCAUGCACUACGACACCAUCUACGCUCACCAGGACAAGAAGUUCGACAUCGACGCCGGAAUCAAGUCCACAGCAUUGGCCUGGGGAGACAAGUCCAAGACCAUCUUCAAGGGACUUACUGCAGCCCAAAUGGGGUGCUACACAUUGAGCGGAGUGCUCGCCGGCAUGGGCCCGGGAUUCUACUUCGGAGCAGCAUACGGAGCAUAUCGUCUGGUUAGAAUGAUUCAGCUGGUGGAUCUCAACAAUCCAAAGGAUUGCGGAUACUGGUUCCGUGAAAAUAUUAACACCGGACACGUUUUCUGGCUGGGAAUCUUUGUCGACUACUGUCUCCGCCUGCUUGGAUAUUUGUAA